AUGGAUUCCGUCACGCGACCACAGGGCGAAUACCCCCCUGUAAAGCUUCCUUUCCCGUUCCUCACCACAUAUCGAGUUCAAAGAGUCUCUGAGAAAUCACCAAGGCUCAUCCUUACUCUGCAAGACCAGCCAGUCAAGGGAAGGGCUUUGCCACAGCCAUUACAUUCAGACAAACUCUCAUGGGUCGACCUCACGUUCCCGAGCGAAAGCGAACGCCCACCCAUCUCAGAUAACAGCCCCUGGGCUCGCGCGCGACGAUCCCCCUCGACGAACUUCCAAUGGGAGGGAGAGGCCCCACCAUCGCUGGCCCAGAUCUGGAAUGUGGUCCACGCCAUCUACCUCUGCCACCCCGCGAAUGAAUACUUCAGGCUCACCCUAGCCGGUGAGGGUGCGAAUACCAUCAAAGCUGAGCUCCUCGCCACUGGGCUGGGUGUUCAUCACCCGAAACCACGACAGCCACGGGAAGAGACGGCUGCACAGCAAGGCGAUGGGGAGUUGCUGAUCCUCCGAAGCUCGUUCUGGCAGGGCGCAGCCUCACCGACUGGCCCGCGUCCAAUCUGGGUGGUUGGAGAGAGCACAGACAAGAACUUGCGGACGCCAUUAGCCCAAUAUCCCGUCAUGCCCGAGAACUACCAGAUCACGAACCGGUUUCCCGACGAGCCAGUCUACACGCGCCAUCCAGUCCGUCGGCCGAAGCCAUAUCCCGGCUCGAUCGCAUACAGCCGUUACAUUGUAGAAUGCGACAUGCACUUCUCGCUCGAGGUGAUCGACUGGCAGAACGACGAGCAUCUGAGACUCUUCAACACAUGGCAGAACGACCCUCGUGUUGCCAAGGGCUGGAACGAGACGGGCACAUUGGAUCAGCACCGGGAAUACCUACGAAAACUGCACUUUGAUCCCCAUGUUCUCUGCCUGUUCGGCCGGUUCGACGAGACUCGGUUCGCAUAUUACGAGCUCUACUGGGCCAAGGAGGACCACUUCGGCGCACACUACGACGCAGGCCACUUCGACCGCGGCCGCCACUCCCUGGUCGGCGACGCCUCGUUCCGCGGCGCUCGGCGCGUCAACGCGUGGUACUCGAGCUGCAUCCACUACUGCUUCCUGGACGACCCGCGGACGGCCAACGUCGUGGGCGAGCCCAAGGCCAGCGGGCCCGUCAUCCUGUCGUACGAGAACUCGCAGGGGCUCACCAUCGGCAAGUACGUCGACUUCGGCCACAAGCGCUCCGUGUACUCGACCUGCAGCCGCGAGAAGUGGUUCCAGCUGUGCCCGCUGUUCUGGGACGGCCGCGAGAAGCCGCUCGAGUCGGCGGACCGGGCGGCUUGGGACGCGAGGCUUUGA